AUGGCGGAUGGGGAGUGCGCGGCGCGUGGGGCGGCGCUCGAGCGCGCGUACGUGCACGACGUGUACGAGCAGGCGGGCGACGACGCGCCCUGCGCGCCCGCGCCCGCCGUGCGCUCCUUCCUGAACGAUCUCGAGCCUGGCAGCCUUGUGUGCGAUAUCGGGUGUGGCAAUGGAAAGUACCUAAGCGUGAAUCCGUCCGUGUUCGCGGUAGGAGGAGACCGGUGCACCCGCCUCGCUGCGCAGGCACAUCACAAUAGCAAUGAAGUGGUGGUAUGUGACAAUCUAUGCCUACCAUUCCGCGAUGAGUCGUUCGACGCGGUGCUCUCUAUCGCGGUGGUGCACCACUUCGCGACGGUCGAGCGCCGGGCGAUGGCUCUGCGAGAACUCGCGAGAAUAACGAGGAUCGGUGGACGGUUACUACUCACUGUGUGGGCUAUGGAGCAUGAAGGAAGGAAUUUUCAUUCGCAGGAUGUUUUAAUACCCUGGCAUCGACCAGCGACGUUAUGUCCACCGCCACCAGCUCCAAGGUUUCUUUCAGUGGAAUAUGACCACUGCUACGAACCAUGGAAGAGUAAAGAUGGUUCUCCGGGAUCAUCUUCACUGUCGUCGCCCAACGAAACAUGCUACUCAUUCGUGAGACGUGCUCUACAACGACUUGCAGGACGUCGCUCCUUUCUACCUUCUUGGGGAAUAAAUAGAGCUACACAAAGACCUUGUCCACGGCCAGAACCACCUGCAGCAGAUUUACCAAUCGAACUGAGGCGAUUAGAUGAAUUUCUCCCGCCUCGACUAGUUUCUCAACCUUCCGAAACAUCUACAAUGAAAUCUCGAAGUCUUACCGACAUAGCUGACAUAGAACGUCGAGCGCUUGUUAGAUCGAGGUCUAGUCUGCCAAGUUUAGGAGGUGAAGAAAGUGAACCAGUUGUAAUAGAAAAACCAGUGCAGCCUGUCAUAGAACGCAAAAAACCGCGACUUGUCAAGCAAAAGAAAUCUAUUAAUGAAGAUGACGCUGAUGAAGAUCUCGAUAAACCCACAGAUAUGAAAAGUUUGGUUGAAGAGAUGCCCAAUUUUAAGGUUCAUACUCAAAAAUUACACUCUAAAAAGCCGGGUGUGUUUAAACAGACUUCACUGAACGAAGAGCUAAUGUCUGUAGAACGGUUAAGAGAAAAGGAGCGGCUCAGAAAAAAUAUACAAAAACAAGCGUCACUUAACGAAGAGUAUUUAUUCCGAAGACCAGGUGCCUUGGAUUCAAUCCGAGACUCGAUAUUCUCAACAUCAGCAACAACUGCUAAAAAAUUUCAAUCACUUAAAAAUGGCCUUACAAAUAAAUUUAAAACAUCUACAACGAAUAUAGAUAAAGUUACGGUAUUCGUAAGAAUGCUUCAAGGCUGGAAAAAUCACGGACCGGUACCAGAAGUUCCUACUCCAAGUGAUAAUAAUGCGAACAAUGAAAAAAAUUACCCUGAGAGGCGACAUUCGAAAGAGGAUGGCUCUGAUUCUUCAAAGGAUAGUAGUCUUCAAAGUGAUACAAGUGUUGAUUCAGAAGAUAGUUUUGCAUCUGUCAUAUACGUACCUAAAGCAGAUGGCUCUGGUGAUCCAUUAUCACCAACGCCAUUAUCUCCGGGACCCACAUCCCCAAGACUCAAAGUAUCGUCUGUACCAACAUCACCUAGAUUGAAAAAUUCUCCUGGACUACCAUCACCUAGAAUUAAACAAGCUUUUCCGUUAAUCAGACCACCAGCAUCACCGAGUGCUGUGCAGGCCCCCGGACCCAAAAUCUUAGUAGCUCAAUACAGUUUAAAAAAUUAUUCUACCACAAACAAUGUUGCUCCAGUUCCAUUAAAACCACAAUCGAAAAGUCAGCCUAAUUCACCUCCGAAAUCAGAACCAGAUGAAAAUAUACUAAAAACUGAAAUUCCGACUAUGAUUAAUAACGUCUUGCCCAUUGAUUUAUAUGAAGAAAUUGAUCCUAUUCCACCAAUAAAAGAAGAGGAAGAGACCCCAACUGAAGUAACAAAAGAAUUAAUUGCUGAAAUCAAUAAAGAUAUUGAAGAAAUACAUAAACUAACAGCAGACACCGAUGAUAUAAAACCAAGAGUUCUACAUCAGGAUAGUAAACCGUAUCCAAAAAUAACUCUCCAAACAGUUGCAGAAUUGCCAGAAAUACCUCAAUUUAAACCAAAGCAAAUAUUUAAACCACAAACGAAUGAUACAUUAGAUUCUAGAGCGGCAGAAAGAAAGAGAAAAGAAAGAAUACGACAAAUUAAAGAAAUGUUAAAUAAAGGUAUUCCUGCAGUAAAUGUAAGCAGAAGACCACCAUUUCCAUUUGUACGUAGCACUAGUAAAGCAGAGCCCAUCGCGAAGAGCCAUCCGAAACUUAUGUCGCUAGAAUUGUUCAACCCAGCUACUGAUGAUAUGGAUAGCGACUCAAGUGGUGUAUCUUCCCCAGGCUCUGUGGACAGCGUUAUAAGUGUCGUUCCUGACGAACUACGAAAAACUGCAAUGGAAAAAGAUUUACCGAAUCCACCAACUUUGGAAGUAAAGCCUGUUGAUGAAGAAAUCAGUGCUUCAACGACAUCAAAUACUUCUCACAAUUUAAUAGAUGCUGUAGCUGAAGUAGCUCAUUCACUAGAUGAAACAUGUGAAACCGUGAUUCAAUCGAGCCCAAGAUCUAAGAGACGACAAUUAGAGAAGUUAGAAAGUACAGAGGCUAUUGCAAUUGUUCAGGGUGCUUCUAGUAGUAGUAGCAGCAGUAAUUGGAGUUUAAAUAAGUUGUCACCGGGUGAUUUAAGAAUAUUAGAAGACAGAUCCAGAUCUCAAUCUCAUACAAGCUCUAGUGGCAGUUCAUCCAGCUUAGAGAAACUAUCGCCAGGUCGGAGAUCUAAGGAUCGUUCUCCAAAACAAGGUAGCACUAGUAAUUCUACUUGGAGCUUAAAUAGAUUAUCUCCUAAUAGACCUGAAGGAAGAUCAUUAGAUGAGAACUUAAGCAAAAGCCAUAGAAGCCCAACCAGAUUACCAUAUGAUUCAUUGUCGAUAUCGAGCACAGAUUCCGAGAAAUCAAUAUCUAAGUCGGAAAGCUUUAACCGGAUACAAAACGAACCUCUAGUAACCUGUAAAUCUGACAUGCUAGCUAAAGAAGAUGAAUGGAUUAACGAUCAAAAUGAUCGUAGUCAGCAUUUAACUGAAUUUGCUGAAAAGUUGAGUGAAAAGCUAUUGCAAGAAAUAGACCAAUACUCAAAACGAAUCAACGAAGAGGACUUUGAUCUUCCAAGUAGUAGCAGUAGUGAAAAAAGUAUUUCCCUUAGAUUAAAAAGAGAAGAAGAGGAUAGAAAUACACAAAAGAUUUUAGACGAACUCUCCGACAGUUUACAGCAUCUAGAAGAUCCGUAUAGUAAAUUUAAUCUUGAUCAAAACACAGGUAAAGUAUUAGGCGAAAAAGUUAAAUACAUAACAUCCAUUCAAGAUACACAAGAGUCUGAUAUCAAUAAACUAUUUCCAAAAUGUAGCACCAAAACAAAAAGCAAAAAGCGGUCCAAAGAUGUAGAUCCAAUUAUCAACAAAUACAGAGAACUCAAGAAAUCCAUUAAAGUCACCAGCGAUGAAGACAUUUAUCUAAAUAAUUGUGCCAAUAUUCAGUAUAACGUUAAACCACUUACAGACGAAAAACUACCUGACAUAGAUACUAAAAACCCGGACGAUGACAGCGCUAUUUCAUCAAGCAAUGGCAAUCCUGAAAUUACUAUUGAAUCUAGUACCUAUGACACCAGUCAGUCACUAGAAACUGGUUACUCACUCGAGUCGGAAAUAAGCGUUGAUUCCCUUUGUACAAGUACUGAAAAACGAUCAUCUCUCAAAGUUGGCCAAUCGACCGACUCUAGUGAUUUAGAUAAAAUGGAAAUCAGUCCAGAGUCGGUAACAUCGAGAUCUAGCACCAGUACAGCGCCUUUGAAAUCAGGUUUUUCCAUAGAAUCGAGUGAUACCUCCGCAAGUGAUUGGAGUCGUCGUGAUAAAACAGGAAGCACGGCGUCAUUGGGUUGCGCAAGUUUGGCGUCGUUGCCAUCUUGUAGUGAGUGCUCUAAGGAGCGAAAGUUAGAGACUCGUUCUUCGUCCGAAGAUACAGCUACCGUUCCAGCGCCACGAGCGAUUCCACAUGCUCCUCUAUUACCUUCGCUUAGUGAUGGCUCAGACAGUUUACCGUCAGAGGGAGGCGCUGUGACAUACCACAGAUACUACCAUGUAUUCAAGAAAGGCGAACUGGAUCAGCUAAUUGAUAAAUACGUGGAGAGCCUCCAUGUAGUAUCGUCGUAUUACGAUCAAGCGAGCUGGUGCGUCAUUGCCGAAAAAGUUCAAGUGUGGACUAUU